UUAUCCAGUUUGGCUUCGUGACACUCUUUGUUGCCUCCUUCCCUCUGGCACCUCUCUUUGCUCUUCUGAACAAUAUCAUAGAAGUCCGUCUUGAUGCAAAAAAGUUUGUUACUGAACUGAGGAGGCCAGACACAGUGAGAGCUAAAGAUAUAGGAAUUUGGUAUAACAUUUUGAGUGGUAUUGGAAAGCUUUCAGUUAUCAUCAAUGCUUUUGUAAUUGCUGUCACAUCUGAUUUCAUUCCACGCCUUAUGUAUCAAUAUGCAUACAGUCAGGAUGGAACCAUGCAUGGCUUCAUCAAUCACACGCUCUCAUACUUCAAUGUCAGUCACCUCAAGGCUGGAACACAGCCAGAAAACUCCCCGUUUGCACAGGAUGUUUUAUUCUGCAGGUUCAAAGACUACAGAGAACCACCUUGGUCCCCAAAUCAGUACGAGUUUUCUAAACAGUACUGAGCAGUCUUAUCUGCUCGCUUGGCUUUUGUUAUUCUUUUUCAGAACUUGGUGAUGUUUCUCAGUGUUCUGGUUGACUGGAUGAUACCUGACAUCCCCAAGGACAUCAGUGAACAAAUCAAAAAGGAGAAGAGUGUGCUUGUUGACUUCUUCCUGAAGGAAGAACAUGAAAAACUGAAGCUAGUAGAAAGCUUUGUCACACGUGACAAGCGGAAACACAAAAGUGGGACCAAAAGGAAAAGGAUCCGGGCUGCCAGCUUCUCCCAGAGUAACAGGAGUCCAAAAGGCAGCUUCACCUCCUUUAGCUCACAGCACACAGUGGUGUGA